UUUUCGAGCGCUUGCUUGCUGACGUGUUUUAUUACCACUGCCUGGCAGUGUUGUUAUUGUGACUUGUGUCUGAUCCGACGUGUACAUCUCAGCUGAGUGUUGUGUCGUUGCAAGAAGAAAGUUCUCUCCAACUACUUCGCCAUAAAUUACUUUGUGAUAAAGCAGUUGUGCUGUCUGAACCCGGAAAGUGCCGGUGUUUACUGAGAUCACAGGCUUGUGAAGUUGUGGAGGUUCUCAACACACAGAUAAUAUUAUUAUAAGACAUCAACCAUGCGCAGUGUAACAGCAAUUGCAUUUGCAGCCACUUUGAUGCUGUUGGUCUGUGUCCAUGUCGCACCAUCACGGGCUGAGAAGGAGAUGGACUUGUACUGUGCAGCAUGCCACAUGCUCGUGGAUGAGCUGUUCUUUGCCAGGAAAGUCCACAAUCCCAAAAAGAAAAUUGAGGUUGGGAGCUUUCGGCUAGAUCCAAGUGGAAAAACGCACACGAAAAGCAUUGACUUCCUGACGAGUGAAGCUUAUCUGACUGAACUGUUGGAAGAUAUCUGCGGAGAGGCCGAGAACUACAUUCAGAACACCAAUCCAGAUGGCUCCCGUAUCUUCAGGCGUAUGCAAUCUCGUGAUGGCACUCCUCUUGGGUUGAACAACAUCACCUACAAUCCUGAUGCACUGAGAGCACUGAGACACUAUUGUGAUAACACAGUGGAAGUGUACGAAGAGCAGCUUCUGGAGCUUUUCCGCAAUAAUCACCCAGAUAUCAAGAACCAUUUUUGCAUGGAUGUGACGAAAUACUGCGACAAAACGGCAGAACAUCCGUUCGCUGCCGUUGACAGAAAGAAGGAGAAAGACGAGGAAAAAGCAAGGAAGAGAGAAGAGAGGAAGCGAAAGAAGUUGGAGAAGGAAAAAGCGAAGAAAGCCACCAAAGCUUCGAUUACGACAGACGUUCCAUUGAAAAAGGAAGAGCUAUAGUGGUGCAGACAGACUCUGCUUGCCUAUCUUUUCUUCUUCGCUGUUCCUCCUCAACUUUGCUAUUCUUGCUGAGACAACUUUGUUGUUUGCUUGCGCUAGUAUUUAUCAAUAUAAACUGUUUGCUGGUGAGAAAAACAGAUGAAAAAAUGAACGUGCCCGAAAGUUAUCUUCUGCUAUCACAAGUCCAUGGCCUGUUCAAAUGGCAUCUUCAACACUGUACAUUAAUUAAGCUUGACACAACUCUGUACCUUGAGAAUCAUUACCUUUGCGUGCUUUUGAGCAGUGGCAGGUGUGCAUAUGCGUGCGUGUUUGUGGUGGCCGUAUUGGCGUAUACUAGUAGUCACACUGUUGACAUUGCUCAAGCUUUGCAGCAGGAGGUUGCCAUGCAGAACAAGAAACCGUGUACUCAAAUCUCCGCACAGAACAAGAAGUGCAUGUGGUGUUUCAAGUGCACUAGAGGGCAUGAUUGUGUACUCUUGCUGAUAUGUGUAGGGCUCAUUGCCAUGACUGGCCACUCUCUGCAGUACACAUGGUACAUGUCUAUUACAGAAUUGUCUCGUAACAGACACAUCCUGGCAGAAAGCAUGAUUCAAAAAUUGUAAUAUCUUCGCACUGUGCUUAAUUGAAUACAUGUACCAGGUUUCAUUAUGUCCCCAUUACUUGGCCGACACGCUCUUAUUUUUUUACAUGCAGUAUCCAUCCUACUUUCACUGCUUUUAACUGCUGUUUUUUUUAACAAAUGUGCAUGUGUUGGUAUUGCAAGUACAAGGUGAUUUGGCUUUUUUUUAACAAAUGUGUAAAAUUUGUUUUGUUCUGGCUGUUUCUCUGCUCUGGAGGGCUGUAUUGAAACAUAGGUCGUGGCAUAUGAGAGCCAGUUUAUCGUAGAUCAACAGUAUCCAGGAAGUUUGGUGUAGUAUAUUAUUUUCCUUUUUUUUGUCCGUGACUGGGCACUGCCCAUAACUGGGAAAUAUCCGUCACUCUGAA